AUGGCAGGAGAUUCUCGAGUCCUCAUGGACCACAACAUGGAGAUAGGAGUCACACCUGCACAGGUGAAGAAGCUACCCAAACACUUACGAGAGGCUCAGAUCCCAACGGACCGCACACAUCUCAUCACAGACCCUGCGAAAAAACCACGACAACGCUACGUGCAAAAAGACGGAAAGUGCAAUGUUCACCAUGGCAACGUCCAAGAGACUUACAGGUACCUUAGCGACCUGUUUACUACGCUCGUGGACUUACGCUGGCGACUUAGUUUCUUCAUUUUUACCCUGGUCUAUGUCGUCAAUUGGCUUUUCUUCGGCUUCCUGUGGUGGCUGAUUGCACUCAUUCGGGGAGACUUGUUACACGCUGAUGAGGAGGACUGGACUCCUUGUGUGGAGCACCUCAACAGUUUUGUCUCCGCUUUCUUGUUCUCCAUUGAAACAGAGACAACCAUAGGGUACGGGUAUCGGGUAAUCACGGAAAAAUGCCCAGAAGGUAUCAUUUUGCUUUUAGUGCAAGCCAUUUUGGGAUCCAUCGUAAAUGCCAUGAUGGUGGGCUGCAUGUUUGUCAAAAUAUCCCAGCCAAAGAACCGCGCAGAAACUCUAAUGUUCUCGCACAAUGCUGUUAUAUCUGUACGGGACAAUAAGAUGUGCCUCAUGUUCCGAGUGGGAGACCUGAGGAAUUCCCAUAUCGUAGAGGCGUCGAUCCGGGCCAAGCUGAUCCGAUCUCAGCAGACUAAAGAGGGAGAGUUCAUUCCACUGAACCAGACCGAUAUUAACAUUGGAUUUGACACCGGGGAUGAUCGCUUAUUUCUGGUGUCUCCACUCAUCAUCUCCCACGAGAUCAACGAAAAGAGUCCUUUUUGGGAGCUGUCCAUGGCUCAGAUGGAGAAGGAGGAGUUCGAGAUCGUGGUCAUCCUGGAGGGCAUGGUGGAAGCUACAGGCAUGACGUGCCAGGCCCGCAGCUCUUACCUGGACACAGAGGUGCUCUGGGGGUACCGCUUCACCCCCGUCCUGUCUCUGGAGAACGGCUUCUAUGAGGUUGACUACAACAACUUCCACGACGUCUACGAAACCAAUACCCCCGCGUGCAGCGCCAAGGAGCUCGCCGCUAAGCUACGUGAGGGCCCACUAUUACCUCAGCUAUCUCUGCUCAGCCCUGAACCCAAAACACAUACAUUUGACCCCUUGAAUCCACUGACCAAUCAGGAUCCACUAAACCAGGAAGAGGACAAGGUGGAGACAGAGAUAGGAGAGGAGAGGGGGGGUAGCAAUGGUUCUGCUGCAGCUCUGGAGCAAGUGUCAACCCUGCCAGAUGGACUGCCCAAGUGA